CAGAUCUCCACAACAACAUAAUAAUCUGGACUAUUAUUAGAUUAUUGUAAAUAAAGACUUGUCGGUCGUUUAAUGACCUGCCUGGUAGGGUGAGUUUACAGUCCAUGAGUUUAUUGCACGUUGUUUCCUGGCAUUGCACUGAGGUGAGUCAGAGGAGGGACGGACACGGAUCAGGAACACACUGGAGUCACAGCGAGGACUAACAGCUACUUUAUAUUUUAUAUUUCUACUGCUUCUGUCCAAACGUCGACUACAGCAGGAAUCUAAGUAUUUAAAAGGACAUUCAAACGAGCAGCUUCACCAACAGCCGAAGGUGAAAAGUGUCCAGGGGCUGGAGAAUGAACACGGAUCUGGAGGAGCAGGAAGACGAACUGCUCGCUCUGCAGAGUAUUUUUGAUUCGGACGAGUUCGUCCGAGAUGAGUCGAAGUCUGCCGGAGAAAUCCGAGUGUCUGUUGAGCUUCCUGCAGACUUCAAUGUGGUUCUGAAAGAAGGUGAUUCUCUGAGGCAGUAUGAGAUUUCAUUCCUCCCACCUCUGCUUCUGACCUUUGACCUCCCCCAGGACUACCCGUCCUCCUCCCCUCCCUCCUUCACCCUCACCUGCAGCUGGCUGACUCACCCACAGCUCCAUGCAUUGGGUGUUCAGCUCACUGAUCUGUACCUGGCCACUGGGGGCGCUGUGGUGCUCUUUUCCUGGGUGCAGUUUCUCAGAGAAGAUGCCCUGAAGUUUCUGGACAUCCACAGUCUGCUGGAGCUUCCCUCAGAUGAACACAACACUCAGCUCUGUGACCAGGACAAAGACAAUGCUACACUCUCAGAACCAAAUAAUAAUGAACACACUCCAGCGUCUGAACCCACAGAUGAGCAACACUGUGAUGUGUCAGAUCCAUGUGAACCACACCUCCUUGGACCAUCCUGGCAAGUUCAGGAGAAUCCUUCAGCCUCAGAUGGGAGCAGCACAGACUCUCAGGGAGUUUUGACUUUAGACUCUCAUCACCAGACUCAGACCAGAGAUUCUUCUCCAAACAAACACCAAACCUCUGAUCUCUCUAUAACUCCAUCACAAGCUCUCAUGUCUCAGAUUUUGAUCUACAAUGCAUCUCAGAAACAGAAAUUGUUUACCACCACCUUGUUUGACUGUGGUGUUUGUUUCAUGAGCUGGCUGGGUUCAGAGUGUGUGCAGCUCUUCCAAUGUGGCCACAUCUUCUGCAAGGCAUGUCUGGGCGAGUUCUGUAAGGUCCAGAUAAAAGAGGGGAACGUCCGAGGCGUCACCUGUCCUCAGGCAGACUGUGGUGGCACCCCUACACCUGCACAGGUGAGGAGUCUGGUAGGAGAGGAGCUGUUCAGCCGCUAUGAUCGCCUCCUGCUCCAGUCAACUCUGGACCACAUGGCUGAUGUGACGUACUGUCCUCGGAAUUCCUGUGGUUCGGCUGUCAUUGUGGACAAAUCCAGCACUGCAGCAAUGUGCUCCGUGUGCAGCUUUGCCUUCUGUGUCAAAUGCAGAAAGACCUACCAUGGAGCACAGGACUGUCAUACAAUGAAGACAGAAAAGGAAGAAAUAAUACCACAGCAAGGCUACGCCAGCCUGCCAAAAUCUAAAGAGGGGUUGAAGAUUGUUUGGGAUGACUAUUCCAACGGCAGCAAGGAGAGGAAGCGCCUCCUGGAGGGAAGAUACGGCCGUGACAUCAUGCGGGGAACUGUGGACAUAUGGUUGAGUGACAACUGGAUAACCGACAAUUGCAAGCACUGUCCUCACUGCUUCUGUAAAAUACAGAAGAUCAGUGGAUGUAACGUGAUGACAUGCACGCGGUGUGACCAACAGUUCUGCUGGUCCUGCCUCACCAGACCGAAAGACUGGAAGAGCCAUUUUCAGAACAGUGAUUGUAUUCAGUUUCCCAUGUGACUUCAUCACCGGAUGGACAUAAAGACUGAUUUGUGAAAACAAGCAUUAUUGAAAGGUCUUUGAAUCAAGAUUCAAGAUUCCUUAUUUGCCAUUUGUGCACAAAUAGACAGUCUUGGCACAUAGGAAUUCUUGUGCAGGGAUCUCUUGGAUUUGAGUAAAAAAAAAACUCAAUGAGAAUAAAAAGUACAAAAAAUUCCAAAACAAAACACUCUACACGAGCAAUAAAAACUAAAAUACAAAAACA